UCCUUCUAUAUAAGAAGCCCAUAAUUCAAGAGAGAACCACCACUGAAAUUCCCUAUAACAUAGUAAACUAGCAAAUAAUAACCAAAGUUGUGAGAUGGCAGAAGUGAAGUUGCUCGGUUUUUGGUACAGCCCGUUUAGUCACAGAGUUGAGUGGGCUCUAAAAAUUAAGGGGGUAAAAUAUGAAUAUAUAGAAGAAGAUAGAAAUAGCAAGAGCCCUCUACUUCUUCAAUCUAAUCCAGUUCACAAGAAAAUUCCAGUGCUCAUUCACAAUGGCAAGCCUAUUUGUGAGUCUAUGGUUAUUCUUGAAUACAUUGAUGAGACAUUUGAAGGCCCAUCCAUCUUGCCAAAAGACCCUUAUGACCGAGCUUUAGCCCGUUUCUGGGUCAAGUUCCUUGAUGAUAAGAUAGCAGCUAUGAUCAAAACUUUCUUUCGCAAAGGAGAGGAGCAAGAGAAAGGUAAAGAGGAAGUUUGUGAGAUGCUGAAAGUUCUUGACAAUGAGCUCAAGGAUAAGAAGUUCUUUGUGGGUGAUAAAUUUGGUUUUGCUGAUAUGGCUGCAAAUUUGGUGGGGCUUUGGCUAGGAGUUUUUGAAGAAGCCUCUGGACUUGUUCCAUUAGUGACAAGUGAAAAAUUUCCAAAUUUUUGUGCUUGGAGAGAUGAGUACAUUAACUGCAGCCAAGUCAAGGAAUAUCUACCUCCAAGACGAGAUGAGUUGGUUGCUUUUUUCCAAGCUCGAGCUCGUGCUGCUGCUAAAAAAUGAAGACUGAUCAUGUGUCGGAAUGAAAUUACGAAUCUACGAUGACUUCCGUAGAUUCAAUUAUGUACACGUAUGCAAAAGAAAAUAAAUUAAAUUAUAUGUUUUAAUAAGAUUAAGCUCGUUCAGAAUUAAAACUACUUGUUAGAAAAAGCUAAGCUUAGCCAGCUAGUUUUUUUUGUUUUUUUUAUUAUUAUUUUUUUAUUUUUAAUUUCUCAGUUGGGCUUAGCCAGCUAGUAACAUAUCAGGAAGUGUGUCGAGUUACUGUUGUAAUUUAAUUUAUUAGCUGGUAAGUGAUUGUAUAAUAAUAAAGACAUAAUACAUAAAUAGACCCUAAAUUUAGCUUCAGU